AACGGCCCUUUGCAGUUGGUCUUUGGGGACCCUUGAAACCCAGCCAACGGAUUCACUGCCCGAUUCCAUUUCCUUCCAACCCCUCUCUCUUGGCUUGAGCACUAGUCUCUUUUUAUUCUUUUAUAACUAGAGUUUACUUGACAGUUUCUUGGUUUCUUUCUUUAUUGUUCUAUGUCUUCUGAGCCAGAAUUGCGAUUGCGCACCAAUGCUGCUGGUCACGUCGAAUCCAAGCAUGAAAAGGACAAUGAUCCCCAUGACGUAGCUUCCAAACCAUUGUCGCCAUCGUCACCGGUCGACAUGGCUAAGGAUAAAAAAGAGUCUUAUUCGUGCGGUAGAACUCCCAAAGGCGUCGUUUUUCGAGUUCCCGCGACGAGAGAAAUGGUGCAAUCACUUUUAGAUCCCAGGGAGAAAAAGAGCUUUUUCGACAAGAUCACCUUGGCCAUUAUGGCAGUCGAGAUAUUACUGUUCUUUGUUUUGCCGCGUCCGGUCAAGCAGAUCCUGUUCAUCUUUGUAUUUGCGUUUUGGCGCUUGGGUUACAACGUGGGACUUGGCAUCCUCUUAAAGUAUCAGAGCGAUAGUCGGGCAUUGGUUCAUCUGGCGAAAAAGUACCAGAUUUUCGAUCAAAAGGCCAAUCCCGCAUUAUAUCAAUGGCUUCAACGACAGCUGAGCAUGAAGAUGGGUGAUGAUUACAAUUUCACGACGGUACCGAUCGAAUACAAUACUUGGCUGCUAUUCCGUCAAUUGGUCGAUAUUGUCUUGAUGAAUGAUUUCACAUCGUACAUGUGCUUUGCAUUAUCAUGGUUCAACUGGUCACCUCAAUCGUCCUUUUUUGUUGGCGAUGUGCUCCGAUGGGCAGGCGGUCUUUUCCUGAUCGUGUUCAAUAUUUGGGUCAAGAUCGAUGCCCAACGGGUGGUCAAAGACUUUGCAUGGUAUUGGGGCGAUUUCUUCUUUUUGAUUGAACAGUCGUUGACCUUUGACGGUGUCUUUGAAAUGGCUCCUCAUCCCAUGUAUUCGGUGGGCUAUUUUGGAUAUUACGGAUUGUCUCUCAUCUGUGCCAGUUACACCGUCCUCUUUGUCAGCAUUGCCGCUCACGCACUUCAGUUCCUGUUCCUUGCCCUCGUUGAAACGCCACAUAUUGACAAGAUCUAUAAUCCGCCUAUCAAAGCCAAACGUCAACCUGUAUCGCCUACCCAGGCCACAAUCGAUGAUGCAUCCUACGACGCGAUGCACUAUAGUACUAGCGGACGGCAAUUCUCCAAUCAAUAUUUCCGUCGUGAUCUGAUCAUGUUCAAGAACUUUGAUUUCUUCCGUCCCACCGAUCUGGCUUCGGCCUUGGUGAUGCUGUACUCAUUAGCUUUGCCGUUUCUUAUGUCCGGACGAAAAGCUGUCGUAUUUGCUGUGCUUCAAGCUUUUGCCUGGCGAAUUUUCCACACGUAUGGUCUAGGAUGGAUUCUACGUGCUCAAUCCACCAACAAAUACUUUACUCGUCACUUUGUCAAAUGGGGAGGAGGUACGCAAGAAGCUUUCCAAAACUGGAAGAGCCUUUACAACCUAUCGCUCUGCAUGACUUAUAUUACCUUUUGUGCCGCUUGUUGGAAAUUGUACUCUCUUCCUGAACAUUGGACUUAUGGCACCACUUUGCUGCGUCACACUUUGGGCUUGUUUUUUAUUCUGUUACAUAUCUGGACUUCCGUCUCUAUCUACGAAGUGCUCGGUGAUUUCGGAUGGUUUUAUGGCGACUUUUUCAUUGAAGCGCAAGAUGGCCAUUUGCUGUAUACUGGCAUUUACAGAUUCUUGAACAACCCAGAAAAAGUCAUGGGCCAUGCUGCUUUCUGGGGAAUGACGCUGAUGACCAAUAGCUGGAUCAUCUAUGGAUUGACGCUGUUCUCUCAGAUCUCCAACUUUUUGUUUUUACAUUACGUUGAAGCACCUCACAUGCGUAAAUUAUAUGGUGAUGAAAUUCGUAAAGAGGCCGGUCUGACAAAAACAUUGCGUUCCGCUGCUACUUCGAUUCCAAAGACCAUCCCGGACAAGUUGCAACAAGAAGUUUCCAAGCUUUUGCGUGAAAAGGCCGAAAUCCAAGCGGCUUCCAAAAAUGUGGAGCGAGUCGUGAAAGAAACCAUGGAGAAAAUGGAAAAAGCCAUGGGAGAAACGGCUGGAGCGGUCAACGACAUUAUGGAAAUUGCCCGGCCUCGACUUCAAGAAGCGAUUGCGGAAGCCAAGACGUUGCUCGACACAUCAAGAUCACGAUUGAUUCCUAUUGUGGCCAAUGACAUUGAAACGUACGAUCUAUCGCGCUACAGCAUCAGCUUGUCUUGCAACAACAAAACCGCGUUUACCCUCGGUCAACCAAUCCAAAUUGAAUGGACAGCUCCCGAAUACCAUGGGGCAAGAGAUUGGAUCGGCAUCUACAAAGUGACGGCCAAUACCAGCAAAAAGGUGACGAAUAUCAGUUCCCACGGCUACUGGCAUUGGACCAACGCGGUCGAACGAGAAGGCAUGGAAACCCUGUUCCCGCCUGAAGUCGAGAUUGCCGAAAAAGGGACACUUGUCUUUAAAGGAAAUCAAUUACCAUGGGAAGUUGGCACUUACGAGUUCCGCUAUCACCAUGAUGCCAAACACAAUGUCAUGGCUCAAAGUGCACCAUUCGAAAUUAUUGCUCCCGUUGCACCUAAUGUGGAGGAUGUUAAUGCGGUGGAACUAAGUCUGUUGAAACUGGUGCAGAAUGCUUUGGGAUUGAAUCCCGAUAUUAUGCCGGUGACGCCUUUGGAAGAGUUCGUCAGCAUGGAGGAACGCGAAGCCAAGCAUAUCGUGUAUGGUAUCAAGCUCAUGUAUGGCGUUGAAUUCGCGUGGGAAGUCGUAGUUGCCGAUAAAUGUGUGGCAAGAAUCGCUCGACGGAUCCAUCACGCUAUUGAAGCGCUUUCACCUUUUGCCAGUCAAUGGCGGCGGGUUUCCAUGUCGACGCCUGAACUCAGUAAACCGUCGUUAUCGUCUGAUUCCCCACGGAUAUAAGACCAUUUUCCGCCUCCCUCCUCUCUCCCUCCUUUUUAGAUAUCUUUUUUUUUCUUGUCACCUAACAUUUUAUAUAUCAAAUAAACUUAUACACAUCUUUGCAUUAUUCGUUCUCAAAAGUGAAAAAUUUAGAGUGGUUGGU